AUGUCCAUGCAACAGCCGACUCGUGCCACCUUUCCCGGCGCCAUGCCUGCAGCCUCCUUGAUCAGCCUCGCCAUCACGGCCGCCGUGGUCACGGCGGCGCUGGCCGUGGCCGUCGCCGUGGCGAGGUACAACAGGAAGCACAGGGGCCUUCGGCUCCCGCCCGGCCCGCCCGGGUGGCCCGUCGUCGGGAACCUCUUCCAGGUGGCCUUCUCCGGGAAGCCCUUCAUCCACUACAUCCGCGACCUGCGCCGCGAGUACGGGCCCAUCCUGACGCUGCGGAUGGGCGUGCGCACGCUCGUCGUCAUCAGCAGCGCCGAGCUGGCGCACGAGGCGCUGGUCGAGAAGGGGCAGGAGUUCGCCAGCCGCCCCGCCGAGAACACCACGCGCAACAUCUUCUCCUCCAACAAGUUCACCGUCAACUCCGCGGUCUACGGCGCCGAGUGGCGGUCCCUGCGCCGGAACAUGGUGUCCGGGAUGCUCAGCACGGCGCGGCUCCGGGAGUUCCGCCCCGCGAGGCUGCGCGCCAUGGACCGGUUCGUGUCCCGGAUGCGCGCCGAGGCGGCCGCGUCCGACGACGGGGCCUCCGUGUGGGUGCUCCGCAACGCGCGCUUCGCGGUGUUCUGCAUCCUGCUCGACAUGACCUUCGGCCUGCUGGACCUGGACGAGGCGCACAUCGUGCACGUCGACGCAGUCAUGAAGCGCGUGCUGCUCGCCGUGGGCGUGCGCAUGGACGACUACCUCCCGUUCCUCCGCCCCCUGUUCUGGCGGCAGCAGCGCCGGGUGCUCGCCGUCCGCCGCGAGCAGGUCGACACGCUACUCCCGCUCAUCAACCGCCGCCGCGCCAUCCUCCGCGACGCCCAGGGGAGCUCGCCUCCAGACCCCAGCGUCGCUGCACCCUUCUCGUACCUCGACUCCGUGCUGGACCUCCGCAUCGAGGGCCACGUCUGCACGGAUGACGAGCUGGUCACCCUCUGCGCGGAGCUGAUCAACGGCGGCACGGACACCACGGCCACCGCCAUCGAGUGGGCCAUGGCGCGCAUCGUGGACAAUCCGUCCAUCCAGGCCAGGAUCCACGAGGAGAUCAUGCAGCAGGUGGGCGACGCCCGCCCAAUCGACGACAAGGACACGGACAACAUGCCGUAUCUCCAGGCCUUCGUCAAGGAGCUCCUCCGGAAGCACCCGCCCACGUACUUCUCGCUCACCCACGCCGCCGUCAAGCCCGGGAGCAAGCUCGCCGGCUACGACGUGCCCGCGGACGCCAACCUGGACAUCUUCCUCCCCACCAUCUCGGAGGACCCCAAGCUGUGGGACCGGCCGACGGAGUUCGACCCCGACAGGUUCCUGACCGGCGGCGAGACCGCGGACAUGACGGGGUCGGCGGGCAUCCGGAUGAUCCCGUUCGGGGCGGGGCGGCGGAUCUGCCCCGGACUGAACAUGGGCACGACGCACAUCGCGCUGAUGGUGGCGCGGAUGCUGCAGGAGUUCGAGUGGCUCGCGCACCCGUCGCAGCCGGCGCUGGACUUCAAGGACAAGGUGGAGUUCACGGUGGUGAUGAACCAGCCGCUGGUGGCCAUGGUGAAGCCCAGGAAGAUCUCCUUCUGAUGCAUGCAUGUGCAUGUGGAUCGGCGUGCCUGGCUGACCAUCCCGCGCGCGGUUGCAUGCGGACGUACGGCCGUUGCAACAACUCCGACCGUAAAGCCACCACGAGCGUGCCCAAGUAUACCACUUAGCUACCGUUACUUCCAGUUAUUACGAGUUAAGUGUCUCCUAUACUAUAUAUGCUAGUCGAUCGUGUAUCUACAUACAUAGUAUGAGUUUGUAUGGUUUUGACGGACUUGUUUUUAUUUGCAUGGGUUAAUA